AUGGCGCUGCGGGCUGCACAACUCUUCUCUCCGCGGCUCUUGCUCGCCACGGCUUGUCUUUUGCUUGCUAGUGAACCCCAGUCGGUUCUCUCUUGUCCGAGUCGGUGUUUAUGUUUUCGAACCACUGUGCGAUGUAUGCAUCUGAAUCUGGAAACAGUACCAGCUGUCUCACCGCAGACCACCAUUCUGGACUUGAGAUUCAAUAAAAUCAAGGAUUUUCAACCAGGAUCUUUCAGCCGAUUAAAGAACCUCAACACACUCCUCCUCAACAACAAUCAUAUACGAAGAAUCCCCAGAGGAGCAUUUGAAGACCUUGAAAACCUCAAAUAUCUCUAUUUGUACAAGAAUGAAAUCCAAUCAAUUGACAGACAAGCAUUUAAGGGGCUUGUCUCUCUUGAGCAACUGUAUCUGCACUUCAACAACAUAGACUCAUUGGAACCUGAAUCAUUCAGUCAUCUACCAAAGCUUGAACGAUUGUUUUUGCACAACAACAGAAUCACCCAGCUGGUCCCAGGAACCUUCUCUAAUCUGCAGGCUAUGAAACGACUGCGCCUGGAUUCCAAUUCAUUGAACUGUGACUGUGAGUUGCUGUGGCUGGCGGACCUUCUGAAACAGUAUGCAGAAUCAGGAAAUGCCCAAGCUGCUGCCACGUGCGACUACCCGAUCCGCUUGCAGGGAAGAUCAGUGGCCACACUAACAGCUGAGGAGCUCAGCUGCGAGGUGCCCAGGAUCACUUCAGAGCCUCAGGAUGUGGAUGUUAUAUCUGGGAACACGGUCUACUUCACCUGCAGGGCUGAGGGAAACCCUAAACCACAGAUCAUCUGGCUCCGCAAUAACAAUGCUCUUAACAUGCGGGAUGACAGCCGCCUGAACCUGCUAGAGGAUGGUACACUGAUGAUUCAGAACACAAGAGAAACCGACCAGGGAGUCUAUCAGUGUAUGGCCAAAAAUGUGGCUGGGGAGGUCAAGACCUCUGAGGUUACGCUGCGAUAUUUUGGAACACCUUCACGGCCAAGUUUUGUCAUCCAGCCCCAAAACACAGAAGUUCUGGUGGGUGAGAGUGUGACUUUGGAGUGCAGUGCCACAGGCCAGCCACAACCCCGAAUUUCUUGGACAAAGGCGGACCUGACGCCACUGCCAAACGACGCUCGCAUUAACAUCACUCCCUCUGGAGGGCUUUAUAUUCAGAAUGUGGUCCAGGCUGAUGGAGGGCAGUACACCUGUUUUGCCUCCAAUAAUGUUGAUACAAUUCAGGCGGCAGCUUAUAUCAUUGUUCAAGCAACCCCCCAGCUCACGGUCACACCACAGGAUCAAUCAGUCCUGGAAGGCCACUCUGUGGAUUUUCAAUGCGAGGCAACAGGUUAUCCCCAGCCAGUUAUUGACUGGACUCGAGGGGGCAACCCAUUACCUCUGGGCCGCCGAUACUCGAUUUUGUCUUCUGGAACUCUCCGAAUCACUCGGGUGGAGGUUAACGAUGAGGGGCAAUAUGAGUGCCAGGCUGCCAACCCAGUAGGGACUGUCCGCACCACCGUACAGCUCAGCAUCCAGCAAAGAGUAACGCCUGCUUUCACAAAUACUCCAAGAGACAUGACAGUAGAAUCUGGUCAGGACGUCCAGAUUCCUUGCAGCGCUCAGGGUCAUCCACAACCUAUCCUUACCUGGAACAAGGAUGGCUUACAGGUUACAGAGAGUGGUAAAUUCCACAUCAGCCCUGAUGGGUAUUUAGAAGUAAAGGAUGUCGGCACGGCUGAUGGAGGCCGCUAUGAGUGCGUAGCCCGCAAUGCCAUUGGUUAUGAGGUUACUAGCAUGGUGCUAACCGUCACAGUUCCAGCAGUGAGCAGACAGGGAGACACCUUCGUGACCACUUCCCUAGAGCAGGCGAUCCGUAAUGUUGACAGCGCUAUUGAGUCUACAAGGAGACGUUUGUUUGAUGGUCAGCCUCGUACCCCAGGAGAGCUUCUUGCACUUUUCCGUUACCCACGUGAUCCUUACACAGUGGAGCAGGCUCGUGCUGGCGAGAUUUUUGAGCAGACUCUGCUUCUCAUCCAGAGCCAUGUCAACCAAGGUCUCAUGUUCGACACCAGCGGCACUGAGUUUCGCUACAAUGACCUGGUAUCCCCACACUUUCUGGACGUUAUCGCCAACCUUUCUGGCUGCACAGCCCAUCGCCGCAUCAACAAUUGUUCUGACAUUUGCUUCCACCAAAAGUACCGCACUCAUGAUGGCACCUGUAACAACCUGCAGCACGCCAUGUGGGGUGCCUCACUAAUCCCUUUUGAACGACUCCUGAGAUCAGUCUACGAUAACGGCUUUAAUCUUCCAAGAGGAGCCACUGGGCAGCCACAAAACAACUACAGGUUGCCUCUGCCGAGGUUGGUGUCCACCACUAUGAUCGGAACAGAGUCCAUCACGCCAGAUGAUCAAUACACUCACAUGCUAAUGCAGUGGGGUCAGUUUCUCGAUCACGACUUGGACGCAACUGUGGCGGCCCUCAGCCAGUCACGUUUCUCCGACGGACAGCUGUGCACUCAGGUCUGCACCAAUGACCCGCCAUGUUUCCCAAUCCUGUUCCCACCCAACGAUCCACGGCAGCUGAGAAGCGGUGCCCGCUGCAUGUUCUUUGUGCGCUCUAGUCCUGUGUGCGGCAGUGGGAUGACAUCUCUGCUCAUGAAUAGCGUGUACCCCAGAGAGCAAAUCAACCAGCUCACCGCUUACAUCGACGCCUCAAACGUCUAUGGUAGUUCACGUCAUGAAUCUGAGGAGAUCCGCGACUUGGCCAGCCAACGGGGUUUGCUGCGACAGGGAAUUAUCCAGCGGACCGGGAAGCCUCUACUGCCUUUUGCUACGGGACCUCCCACCGAGUGUAUGAAGGAUGAAAAUGAAAGUCCGAUUCCCUGUUUCUUGGCUGGGGACCACCGUGCCAACGAACAGCUGGCACUUACUGCCAUGCACACAGUAUGGUUCAGGGAACACAACCGGAUAGCCACAGAGUUACUCAGGCUGAAUCCCCAUUGGGAUGGGGACACAAUCUACCAUGAGGCCAGGAAGAUAGUAGGAGCCCAGAUGCAACACAUCACAUAUAGUCACUGGUUGCCAAAGAUCCUAGGAGAGGCUGGCAUGAAGAUGAUGGGGCCGUACACAGGUUAUGACCCCAAUAUUAACGCGGGCAUCCUCAAUGCUUUCGCCACUGCGGCGUUCCGCUUCGGACACACCCUCAUUAACCCGAUACUCUACAGGUUAGAUGAGGACUUCCAGCCUAUCACCCAGGGUCACAUCUCCCUGCAUCAGGCCUUCUUCUCGCCCUUUCGCAUCGUGAACGAGGGUGGCAUUGACCCAUUGCUCCGCGGGCUCUUUGGCGUGGCGGGUAAAAUGCGGGUCUCCUCACAACUGCUCAAUACAGAGCUGACUGAAAAGUUGUUCUCUAUGGCCCACGCUGUGGCCUUGGACCUGGCAGCCAUGAACAUACAGAGAGGAAGAGAUCAUGGCAUACCGCCGUAUAAUGAUUACAGGACCUUUUGCAACCUGACUUUGGCUCAGACAUUCGAGGAUUUGAGGAACGAGAUUAAGAAUCCUACUGUCAGGGAGAAGCUAGAGAGGCUUUAUGGAACUCCUCUGAACGUCGACUUGUUCCCCGCCCUAAUGGCAGAAGACCUGGUUCCUGGCAGUAGGCUUGGGCCUACCCUCAUGUGUCUGCUGGCAUCUCAGUUCAAACGCCUUCGAGAUGGAGACAGGUUCUGGUAUGAAAACCCAGGAGUGUUCACGCCUGCGCAGCUGACUCAACUGAAGCAAGCCUCUCUGUCUCGGGUGCUAUGUGACAACGGAGAUAACAUCACACGUGUGCAGCAUGAUGUCUUCAGGGUGGCAGAAGCGCCCCAUGGCUACAGCAGCUGUGAAAAUAUCCCGCAGGUCGACCUGCGCAUGUGGCAAGACUGCUGUGAAGACUGCAGGACCAAAGGUCAGUUCAACGCGCUGUCUUACCACUUUAGAGGGCGCAGGUCAGCUGAUCACAGUUACAGAGACAGCAAACCUGCUGACGGCAUCAACAGUGUCACGGAAGAAUCCAAAAUAAGCUUAGUCAAUGUUACUAUGACCUCCAAAAAAAGCACUGAUCCCCCAGUUAGUGAAUUCCAGGACUUUGUUCACGAUAUGCAGAAGACGAUCACAAGCUUACGCAAACAGAUAAAACGACUGGAGGCUCGUCUGAGCAAGACUGACUGCACUGACACUAACGGGCGUGAGCGGACAGAUGGAGAGAAGUGGCAACAGGACCCGUGCACUCAAUGUGAAUGCAAAAACACCAGAGUCACCUGUUUUGUCCGGUCUUGUCUGCCUGCGCCGUGCAAACACCCCGUCAAGCGAAAAGGCGCCUGCUGCCCCGUGUGCUUGGAUUUAGCCAAGUGGCAAAAAGCAGAGCGCAACCAUGAGUAAUCGUCAGGACCUCCCGCCAAUCACACUCUAGUGUCUGAAACACUCAGACUUCCACUGAGAGGAGGAGACUCGUGAAUGUGUCUGUGGCCACCAGUUGCCUCGAUACACCCAAUAGCCUCAUUUUUUUUUUUUUUAAUCAUCAGGGGAGAGGGUCAUGUUUUGUUAUUUUUGGAUCGUUGCUCCCUCUGGGACUAAAUGGAUUCAUCUCUGCUCCCUGUGGCCUCUGCAGUGCAACAAUUUAGUCCCUGUGUGUGCCCCCCCCUUGGCAUCAAAUCACAGGGCCAGUGUCCAUCAGGCCGCAGGAAAGGGAAGUAGAUUGAUAGGAGGCCGGCCAGUGUUUUUCUCAGGUUAGAGAUGCCGAAAACUGGUGCUAUUUUACCCCUUUUGAAUGAAUUAAUCACUAAAUACCUUCAAAGUAUUGUCUUUUGUAUGCGAACCAACCUAUAUCCAUUUGAUAUUUGCCUUUUUUAUGCUAAAUCACAAUUGAAAAAAAUCAUUUCAUACAAAGUAAAAGAGGUUUUAUAAAUAGUUAGAUCAUUUUUUAAUCGAUGGUGCUUUUUCUGUAACGUUUUAACAAUGUUUUUUUGUUUUUGUUUGGUUUUUUUUUUUUUAAUCCAAAUGAACAUAAUGUGAAGCCCUAUGAAAAUUUUUAAUGCAAAAAAAAUGUCUACUGAUUCCUGCUCCUAAAUAUCUCAGCCACGUUGCGACAUCAUGUCUGUCCCAGUAUUGUCCUCAAUCUGCAAAACCAAACGUUAGUAACAUCUAGAAUAUAUCAAUGAAACUGCAUUAGAGGUGAGGUUUCAUCUGUGGUGCACACAUUUCACACGAUUGAAGGACUGCAAUGAUUACUGUUGACUUUUUUUGCCUGCCAUGGACCUGCAGCACUGGAUUGCAUGCAUUGUUGUCAAACAUCUACAUACGUUGUCUUUAGCCAAAAUUUACACAAAAUGUUUGAUGUUGUCAUUUCAGGAGUAGCCUGGCCCUUAUGAGGGUCCUCUUUAGUAGAGACAUUUGCCAUACCUGUUUAAUUGCCAAACUUUGUUCAGAGGCGUUACGUCAUUUAGCUGUGCACGCUGCAGAGCGCAGGUUUCUCUAACCCUCUGACCCUCAUUCCGCUGUAAUGGAAGCCAUAUGAGAGUUGGAAAGUAAUCUCGGGGAGAGGUUGCUGAACGUUGGGGUACAGACAAUCAAAGCACAUUUCCUACAAAGUGUUUUCGCAUGCAACUUGACACAUUUCACUGCUCAUAGAUAGCUGCAAUUUAAAGCACUGGCUCACUUAUGUAAUAUAAAUCAUGUUUUUUUGCCUUCCUGUUUUGUGACAAGCAGUCAGUGUUCCCCCUUCUUUGUUUUCUUUAUGCGGUAACGUCCUGAGCAAGCAUCUGUCACUAUACCAAAAUACUGUCUGGAAUUUUCCAUUGAGGACGGGUUUUUUAAUGUUUUACAUUAAACUCUUAUGUUCAAAAUUCUCGCCUUGCCUGCACCAUCAACUAGUCCAUUGUCCUCAAACUUGUGUACUCUUUCCUGAAUGUAGUGUUCUCAUGAAUAUCUCUAACAUGAAUGCAUGUCCUGAGCUCAUGAAAGGCAAAAUGCAAUUUGACCCCAGCUCUAAGGUUGGGUGUUAUAGCACUGUGAGGUCUGUUACCUGGGGAAGUGUGUUUUAGUUGUCUUCACAGUUACUUGCCCCUUUCCCCUCUUAAAUCAUUCCCAAGUGUCAAUGGAAUGCACUGCUUGCAAGACUGAACAUGCCUUACCGACACUGUCCCUUGACAUUUGAAAUUGUAUUGUUAUGUUCGCCAAAGAAUGGUUUGCACUGUAAUGUAUGCCUCUCAACAGUAAUAAAAAUAAGCCACAUUUGUUUUAUAUACAUACACAAUUCGUCUUUUUUUAAUAAUACAAUGAAGCUGCUUGACAAUGCUGAAGAUCACACGUCCCAGACCUCAGCGC